AUGGCUGCCUCGCCGUUGCCGCGCCCCGCGGCGCUCCGGAGGCCCUCCCUGACCGCCCUCCUCUUCCUCGUCGCCGCGAUGGUGUCGGUUCCGCCCGUGGCGGCCGAGAUCCGGGAGACCGGGAUCCGGGCCGACCCGCGCAGCAUCAUCCCGCUGGACGAGUUCGGCUUCUCCCACUCGGGCGUGCUGGAGCUCAACGUCUCCGGCAUCGCCUUCGACCCGCAGGCCUCCGCGGAGCUGGACCUCUCCCAGCUCGGCUUCUUCCUCUCCACGCUUGACGCCUGGGUCCACGUCCUCCGCCAGCUCCAGGACCUCGACGUCACCUGCGCGCUCCAGUCCGAGCUCGUCAAGCUCGCCUUCUCCUUCGACCGCCUCCGCCCGCCCUCCAACCCCGCCGGCGUCGAGGUCGCCCGCUCCUCCUCCUUCUCCACCGCCUUCCGCGUCAACGAGCCCGGCCAGUACACGCUCGUCUUCGCCAACUGCCUCGGCGGCGGCCUCAAGGUCGACAUGGACGUCCGCUCCGCCAUGUACAACGUCGACCCGGCCACCGGGGAGCGCCAGUACCUCUCCGCGGGGGCCUCCGCGCUGCCCUCCUUCUACUUCCUCUUCUGCCUCGCCUACGCCGGCCUCGCCGCCGCCUGGGUCGCCAUCCUCCUCCGCAAGCGGGCCGCCGUCUUCCGGAUCCACUACUUCAUGCUCGCCGUGCUCGUCCUCAAGGCGCUCAACCUCCUCGCCGAGGCCGAGGACAAGUCAUGCAUCGAGCGCACCGGCACCGCCCACGGAUGGGACGUGCUCUUCUACAUCUUCAGCUUCCUCAAGGGGAUCUCGCUCUUCACGCUCAUAGUGCUCAUCGGCACCGGCUGGUCCUUCCUCAAGCCCUACCUGGCCGACCGAGAGAAGAAGGUGCUUAUGGUGGUCAUCCCCCUGCAGGUCGUAGCUAACAUCGCGCAGGUGGUGAUUGACGAAUCUGGACCCUAUGCUCGGGACUGGGUCACCUGGAAGCAGAUUUUCUUGCUGGUCGAUGUGGUCUGCUGCUGUGCCGUGCUCUUCCCGAUUGUGUGGUCCAUUAAGAACCUCCGGGAGGCUGCUCGUUCGGACGGGAAGGCUGCCGUGAACCUCAUGAAGCUCACCCUGUUCCGCCAGUACUAUGUGGUCGUCAUCUGCUACAUUUACUUCACGCGUGUCGUGGUGUAUGCGCUACAGACCAUCACCUCAUACCGGUACCUGUGGACUAGCGUCGUGGCCGGGGAGCUCGCGACGUUCGCGUUCUAUGUCUUUACUGGGUACAAGUUCCGGCCUGAGGUGCAUAACCCAUACUUUGCCAUUGAUGAUGAGGAAGAGGAGGCUGCAGCUGAGGCGCUAAAGUUGGAUGAUGAAUUUGAGCUAUGA